CUUCCAACCACCAAGAUGGCUCAAACCAACCCCUUGCCAGGGUCUGUGGGGCCGUGGAAGAUAACCAUCUACGACCAGGAGAACUUCCAGGGCAAGAGGAUGGAGUUCACCAGCUCCUGCCCAAAUGUCUCUGAGCGCAGUUUUGAUAAUGUCCGGUCUCUCAAGGUGGAAUCUGGCGCCUGGAUUGGUUAUGAGCAUACCAGCUUCUGUGGGCAACAGUUUAUCCUGGAGAGAGGAGAAUACCCUCGCUGGGAUGCCUGGAGCGGGAGUAAUGCCUACCACAUUGAGCGCCUCAUGUCCUUCCGCCCCAUCUGUUCAGCUAAUCAUAAGGAGUCUAAGAUUACUAUCUUUGAGAAAGAAAACUUUAUGGGACGCCAAUGGGAGCUCUCUGAUGACUACCCCUCUUUGCAAGCCAUGGGUUGGUUCAGCAACGAAGUUGGUUCCAUGAAGAUACAAUGUGGGGCCUGGGUUUGCUAUCAGUAUCCCGGAUACCGUGGGUAUCAGUAUAUCUUGGAAUGUGACCAUCAUGGAGGAGACUAUAAACACUGGAGAGAGUGGGGUUCUCAUGCUCAGACUGCCCAGAUUCAAUCGAUGCGCCGUGUCCAAGAGUAGUGGAUUAGAAGCUCCAAGUAAGAGAAUUCCUCAAGCAUGAGACCUUGCUAAGUAACCUAGAAUGAGUUUUUUGUUCUGCUCAGACAUUGCUUCCAAAUGUUAGCUACUGAAAUCCACAAUAAAUGUCAUU